AUGGCAGCUUUCAACGUCACCCUCUCUGACCCUUUAACAUUCAUCCUAGCGGGUGUCCCUGGCCUGGAGGCUGUUCAUGUCUGGAUUUCCAUCCCCUUUUCUAUGUUCUACAUUUCUGGCCUUUUUGGAAAUCUUACGGUUCUGUUUGUGGUCGGCAAAGAGCAGACGCUGCACAAGCCGAUGUACCUGCUGCUCUGCAUGCUGGCCCUCACAGACAUCGUCACAUCUUCCUGUGUUUUGCCCAAGGCCCUGUGUAUAUUUUGGUUCAAUUUGAAAGACAUUACUAUGGCUGGCUGCUUCACCCAGCUGUUUAUCCUUCAUGGGUGUGUUGCAAUGCACUCGGCCGUCCUGGUGCUAAUGGCCUUUGAUCGCUACGUGGCCAUAUGUAACCCUCUGAGAUACCCCACCAUCCUCACCCUCACACGGGUAGCUAAGCUGGGGCUAGUGGGGUUGCUAAGAGCUCUUUUCCUCGUUCUGCCUCUGCCCCUGCUCCUGAGCAGACUGCCAUUCUGUGCCAACCGCGUUAUCCCCAGCACGUACUGUGACCACAUAGCAGUAGCAAAGGUGUCAUGUGGGGACAUCACAGUGAACAGUAUGUACGCUUUGGUGAUAGUGUUUCUUGUUAUUGGGUUAGACCUGACACUCAUAGCUCUGUCCUACGGUCUCAUCAUCCGGGCCGUCCUCAGAAUCUCCUCCAAGAAAGCUCCCCAAAAAACCCUCAACACUUGCACAGCCCACCUCUGCGUGAUGCUGACGUCUUAUCCUGUUUUCCUCUUCUCCAGUCUCACACACCGGUUCGGUCAGGCUAUUGCUCCCUACGUUCACAUCAUCUUGGCCAACCUCUUUUACCUACUGACCCCCGUGCUCAACCCCAUCAUUUAUGGGGCCAAAACCAAAGAGCUUCGUGAGAAAGUGGGGAAAUAUACCUGCACUCCCCACUCUCCCAUUUAUGCAUCCAAAGAGCCCAUCAGCCCUUUUGUCCACAGCAUCACACUGGAAGCUCAACAUCAGCUGAUUAUCCACAGCAACCCCUAUGUCUGUUUUAAGGUCCCUGCAUACCCCAAUGAAAUGUCCUACAUGGCCCUGGACAAAUACAAGAACUCACAGGAGCACACGGUACAAGUUGGGGCAACAUUCUCCCACAGAGUUGGACACCAUCUUUCCUACUCCAUGUCAGAAGCCAACACAACUGACUUCACCAACCCCUCCACCUUCAUCCUUCUGGGCAUUUCUGGCCUCGAGGUGUGA